CGGGAGAGGAAGUCGGCGCCAAAAAAGUUGGAAGAGACCAAAUGGUGACUAUAGAGAGGUAGUAGUGCUGCUAAGGAAAGAAGCCUUCUAUAGCAAGAGGCUCACCUAGAAAGGGCGAGGUCAGCUCGAGGAGAAGGAAGGGCAUCAUUUGCAUUGGACUUGCACGACAAUAUACUCAAAAUACAAGCAUGGGCACUGCAAGUACCCCGUCGGCUCAUAUCCUCGCCAAGCUGCAUCGCUCCUCAACCUCUCAAGCAAAGGCGUAUGCAUCUCCGGUCAGGAUUGGGGAUAGGUCGUCUGCCAGGGAGCUUGUCACUGCAAUCGAUGCACACGGCAUCAAUAUUUACAAUGUGCGCACUAAUCAACUCAUUGCUUCAAAUUCCUUGUCGCCUGCAACACGCUUCAUGUGUGCGCCAGUGUGCAUUCUAGAUCGCAAGGCAGAGACACGCGUCAUCUAUGCCGCGACUAAAGUAGGCACUGAUACUUUCAAAAUCCAGAGAUGGUCACAAACCGGUCUGAAUGCCGAACCAGACUUGAUUAGCGUUGAUUUGACGUCUGCUGUAGUUGGACUGCAUGUCUUGGGGAGCAGUGUUCUGUUGAUCUGUUCCAAUGGUACACUUAUCUGGCUCUCGUUGGAGCUCGAGGAGCUGACGAGGAAGCCGUUCAGCGCAAUUCGCAGUGGCGAUGCCAAAGUGCUCUCACAUCGGCUCGUGCUUGGCGCAUCGACCGCUCUCUUCCUGCUCUCCCAAAUAGCAGAGACUGUCUGGCUCGAUACAAUCAUCUUGCCCCAAAAUGCAGAAGCUCAGCUCAAAAUCACGUCGGUUGCAUGUCAUGUGCGCUCCACAGUCAAACCGUACCAUGUCGCCAUCAGUUCGCUCGGUACAUUGGCAUCUUGGGCAGGAUCAAGCAUUCGCCUGCAAUUAGCUGGCGAAUCCACAUUCACAGAGCUGCCUAUCGCCGAUCAAUCCGAUGCGAUCAAAGCCAAUGACAUCAAGUCUAUAUCGUGGCUCAAUGAAACGCACCUCUUGGUAGUGCGCGAAAAACAAGCAUACAUUUGGGCAGUCAAGUACGGUACGCUGCAAGAAACGAUAACAUUGCCAAGCGAAGCGCGAGCUAUUGCCCUCAUGCGGCAAGCACCACGCUCUGCAAAGCGCACUGAAGAAGCACACGCCGUGUUUGCAAGCUUGUCGAACAUCUACGUUGCCUCUCUGACUUUUGGCAAGACCUCGCGCCUUGUCGAUACACUCCGUGCGCAUCGUUUGGUACGCCAGUCGACCACGCCAUGGCUGGUCGAUGUGGAACUACAGGCGACUUGGAAGGAGUCCAUUGGAGGUAUCAGUGCUCAAGCGCGGGCUUGUCUUGCGCAGCUAGAGACGGCACAGAGCGGCGCAGAGUUUGAUGGUGUCAUGGAAGACUACCUCUUUCCUGCCAAGCUGGAAGCCCCACUUAGUAGAAAGGCUGCACAAAAGGCGAGCAAAGAGAAAUCUACAGACGCAAGUGACAAAUCAGUGCAGGCAAAAAAGAGGUAUACGGCCAAGGCCAAGUUUGCUUCUUACGACACUCUUGUGUCGCCAUCAGAACCAUUCAUCGCGCAAAUCUUGCAGCUUGCCCUCGUCACUCUGCCCGAGAAGCUCGGCUCAGCCUUUGAGCCGACUGCUUCUUUGGACUUUCUCUUUCACACCGGACGAUUCUCACAGUCGUCGUUGCCUCGAUCGAUUGAGAUGGCAAAACUUAUUAGCAGUGCGAGUAUGCGGCCAUUGGUUGCUGAAUUUGCUGCUGGCCUUUUACCUCAUCAACUGGCUUCCAUUGUGCAGCAAGAGCUUGUGAGUCAGUCUCAGACCGUCUCGCACAAGACAUUGAGUGUUGUUCUAGCACGCCUCUACACAUUCGACGAAGCGAGUGUGUCGCAGGCUCUCAAGACCUCCUUGUCGAGCGAGGAGAUUGAGCAGCUAGCAGACUUACUGGAUGCAGAACUUGGUCAACGGUUGUCUGAGAAUGGCAUCAGUCAAUUGUCUGUUCACAAUGAUGUGCUCUAUGCAUCAGUCAUUGCCGUUGUGGAUGCUCUUGGUGUUGGCAACCUCGUUCUGACUGCAUCUACGCGCGCCCUGAUGAUGCGGCUUCGUGGGUCUGUUGAGCAGCUAAUCCAGGAGACUGAGGACGUGUGCUCCAUGACUGCUUGUCUGUCGGAGCUCAUUCUCAAGGCUAGGUUUGUUGAGCCUGUCAAGACACGCGCGAUACAAAAGCAGAGCAGUAGCAAUCCGCAGCCUCAAGCUCGUGAGGGCUACAUUGCGCUCGACAAGAUCAAGAAGGAGGAUGCCUCUGCUUCGGCGCGUAGCAAGGGUCUUGCCAAGUCAUUGGGCGUGGGCCGGUACACAAUCGAGCGCCUGGAGCUGUAGGUUUACAAGCCUAUGAGCUGUUGAUCUUACCGUAGCUCGAUCCCUUUCAACAGUCUACAGAGUAAUGUUUUUCUCUACAACAGCCGUUGAUCGUAAGCCUGUUCCCGCUUGCCCACAAACGACUUCAGGUGGGCUGAUCAGAAGUCAACGAGUCGCAGCCGGAUGUGAUGUAUAGCACCUAGGAAGCUAUAUAGACGCCCGACCGCUGCCAUUUCGGUCUGCAUCGGCCAUCACAUCGUAGCAGCGAGUAGAACACUUUUGCAGAGUACAUCUAGGAAGAUGCAAACACCGUCUCGAGCGUACUAGACCCCAUGUCUCUCCGUACUGGCCUUAUUUAUAUGCGAAGACAAGAUUGGCAGGCUGCUUGAAAUUGAAGUCGAGAGAAAGGUCGGGGGUCUUGUAGCGUAGCAGC